UAGAUCACAACAAAACCUUAUUAAGUGAGGUAUCUUCCGAAAGACAACAAUUCUAUGAAAAAUUCUUCAACAGACUGUAUACCUAUAAUGGAUUUUAUGAAAAUGUACCAACAGUCACAAAAUAUGGCCAUAAUAAACAUGAUUUUAUCUCAUCCUGUACGUAUCAGGGAAAACCCUGUUCUGAUGAAGAUGUGCAUUCACUAAUACAUAGUCAUUAUUACAAAUGUUUUACAUUUAAUGACAUCAAUACCACACUUUCUAACCCUUAUAGCAAUACAACUGGACCGACAGGUGGCCUUUCACUGCAAUUAUUCCUAGACACUGACGAGAAUAUAUAUGCAAUAUAUAACCCAGAACACCCAACUUCUGGAAAUCAAGGUGUGAGAGUUGUCAUACAUGAGAAAGGGACACUACCAGAUCCAGAAAAUGAGGGAUUUGAAAUUGAACAGAGUCAUUCAGUUAAUGUGGCAUUGUCUGUUACUCGACGUGAAUUGAUGAAACCACCUUGGGGCGAGUGCACUGAACACCCUCUAUUAGAUGAAGAUGGAUACACAUUCAACACACGGGUUUGUCAAAUGAGAUGUCUCCAAAAGAUGGUUUAUAAAUCAUGUGGAUGUAAACGUGGAUCAUUACCAAUGUACCCAGAUGUUGAAAAUGUACAAUUCUGUAACAAAAUUCAGUAUAACGAAUGGAUAAAGAAAAAUCCAAAUAUAACAUCACUACUCUACGAUUUGGAGAAGCUACAAUGUGGCAUGACAGAAUACAACUUGGAUGUUGUACUUGGCCAAGAUGACUGUCAAUGGAAGGACAAUUGCAGCUACAACACAUAUGACAUGACACUCUCACAAUCCCAAUGGCCAAAAAAGGGGGUAGAACUUGACUUUUAUUGCCGUAAGAUUAUACACCUCCCAAAUUAUAACAACUCCAGUGUUUAUAAAGCUUUUCAUGACCAAAUGGAACCACUGUGCACAAACAUAUAUUCUGAUUCUAAUUCUAAUUUCACAAACUGGAAUGGAGUGAAACAAGAAGUUGGAGAUCAGCUACGAGAAAAUUUUAUCCGCUUAAAUGUAUACUUCAAAGAUUUAGAGACAAAAAUAAUUAAACAGGAACCUGAUUUUGCACUUGGAUCUAUGAUAUCAGAGAUUGGUGGAAGUCUUGGAAUAUUUAUAGGAGUGUCUAUAAUUACCAUUGCUGAGGUUUUCAUACUUUGCUUAAGUAUUAUAAGGGUAUUAGGCGAAAAGUCAAAAGUCAUGUCAACACCAGAUCCAAAAGGUGUAAAACAGUGGCCAUAGUUAAGCUGAACGCUAAUAUUAUGAUUAUGAGUACAUAACAUUCUCAUGUUAAUAAAUGUUGUAAUUUAUCCACAUUGAUUUGAGGAAAGGCAUUGGGUAUUAGAUGUGGUGAGUGACAUCCAUUCAGGGUAAAAAUGUUUAAUAUAUGUGUAAUAAAGUUUAAUAAUGAUGUUUGGGACUGUUUCAAAAAACUUGUUUUGUCAUAUUUUAAAGGUUUACAUG